GAAUCCUCUCUGAGAGCUGGAAAGGCUGUGGAUCCACAUUCAAAAAAGGAAUGCCAACACUGACGCAGCAGAAGAGGGAUACCAGGCAAUAGCCCCUGAAUCAGAGGGCCUAGGGGUUUCCUUUCUGCCAAGAGAAUAAGGAGGACCUUUCUGUGGAGGAUGGGGAAAAUAUAAACAUGUCCUGGAGCUGCUGCAAAGAUGAUCCCCCGGACUCUAAACCUUGGGAUGUGGAAGCACCAAUGCCAGUUCCCAAAAUUAAGAGCCAAGAAGUCCAAGUUGCCUACAUACUGAAGCAUGAGGAGGAUGAAGAAGAAGAUGAUGAAGAAAAAGAAGAAGAAGAAGAAAAAGAAGAAGAAGAAGAGGAAGAAGAGUGGGUUUCAUCAGGUCAAGAUGAUGAUGCUGAACAGCCCUCCACCUCCAUUGAUUCGAGAGAGGCAGGGACACAAACCAAUCCACACUAUUUCACUAGAUCACCAAAAAAGAUCACAAUGGAUGAGAUCCUGGUUGGGAUGCAGAGAAUCCAGUUCACCAUGGACCACACAAUGAGAGAUUUUGAGGAGCGUCUCUCCCGCUUAGAGCGAAUAGUUUUAAAAAUGAGGAAUGCGUGGAUCCACCACAGAACAUGCCAUCUAGAGGGUUUGGAGUAUGAUGAUGAACAUGAAGAUUAA